UCGCAUUCAUUCAACUGAAGGCGAAAGUGCACCGGGUCCGCGCCGUCGUCUGCUGUCAAUGGCUUUCGGGGCUUAUUUUAUUUGAAUGUCUGGACUUUUUUCUUUACAGUUUCGCCCUGAAAACCAAUAAUGGAUAUCCUAUGGAUUUUAUGGAUACUACCCACAGCAGUGGCUCUUGAAGAAACUUUAAUGGAUUCCACUACAGCAACAGCUGAGCUGGGAUGGACGGUAUUUCCUGUAUCGGGCACCAGUGAGAACAGUUGGGAAGAGGUGAGCGGGUAUGACGAGAACAUGAACACUAUUCGCACAUACCAAGUGUGCAAUGUCUUUGACGCCAACCAGAACAACUGGGUCCGCACCAAGUACAUCCACCGGCGAGGAGCUCAGCGCAUCCACGUGGAGAUGAAGUUCUCAGUGCGGGACUGCAGCAGCAUCCCCCGGGUACCAGGCUCCUGCAAAGAGACCUUCAACCUGUACUACUACGAAUCGGAUGGCGACACGGCCACUAAAGUGCACCCUCCGUGGAUGGAGAACCCAUGGAUCAAGGUGGACACCAUCGCUGCUGACGAAAGUUUCUCGCAGGUGGAUUUGGGUGGACGUGUGAUGAAGAUCAACACAGAGGUGCGCAGCUUCGGGCCUGUAUCACGUAACGGUUUCUACCUGGCCUUCCAGGAUUAUGGUGGCUGCAUGUCACUCAUUGCCGUCCGCGUUUUCUACCGUAAAUGCCCACGGGUCAUCAGGAAUGGCGCCAUUUUUCAAGAGACUCUUUCAGGGGCUGAAAGUACUUCCUUGGUAGCAGCAAGGGGAGUGUGCAUCCCAAAUGCAGAAGAAGUUGAUGUACCCAUCAAACUCUACUGUAAUGGAGAUGGCGAGUGGAUGGUGCCCAUCGGACGGUGCAUGUGUAAGGCUGGCCAUGAACCUGUGGACAAUGGCACUGUAUGUCGAGCAUGCCAGUCGGGUUUCUUCAAGCCAGCGCAGGGCGAUGAGCCGUGUCUGCCAUGUCCCAUCAACAGCCGCACCACCAACGAUGGAGCCACCAACUGCGUGUGCCGCAACAACUACUACCGCACCGACUCGGAUCCUAUCCAGAUGCCCUGCACAACCGUACCAUCUGCUCCACUGAACGUGAUUUCCAAUGUGAACGAGACGUCACUGAGGCUGGAAUGGAGUCCUCCACGUGAGAGCGGUGGGCGCGGUGAUGUCGUUUACAAUGUGAUCUGUAAGAGCUGCGGUGGCAGAGGCUGUACACGAUGCGGGGACAAUGUUCAGUUCACUCCACGCCAGCUGGGCCUCACCGACACAUGGGUCUACAUCAGUGACCUGCUAGCACACACACAGUACACCUUUGAGGUGCAGGCUGUCAAUGGAGUUUCAGACCAGAGCCCACAUUCACCACAAUAUGUGUCUGUCAACAUAACAACCAACCAGGCCGCUCCCUCCACAGUUUCUAUAAUGCACCAGGUUAGCCGUACCGUGGACAGCAUUACUCUGUCCUGGUCGCAACCGGAUCAACCCAACGGAGUCAUUCUGGACUACGAGCUGCAGUACUAUGAGAAGGAUCAGACUGAGCAUAACUCAUCCAUUGUGAGGAGUCAGACCAACACGGCCAUCAUCCGUGGCCUCAAGCCUGGGGGAAUUUACGUGUUCCAAGUGCGAGCGCGUACCGUGGCCGGAUUCGGACGCUACAGUGGCAAGAUGUACUUCCAGACCAUGACAGAGGAGGAAUACAACACCAGCAUACAGGAGAAACUGCCUCUCAUCAUUGGUUCAGCAGCUGCCGGGCUAGUCUUCCUCAUCGCUCUGGUGGUCAUCAUCAUUGUGUGUAACCGACGUGGCUUCGAGAGAGCAGACUCAGAAUACACAGACAAGCUGCAGCACUACACCAGCGGCCACAUGUCACCAGGAAUGAAGAUCUACAUUGACCCAUUUACCUAUGAAGAUCCCAACGAAGCAGUAAGAGAGUUUGCCAAAGAGAUCGACAUCUCAUGUGUGAAGAUCGAGCAGGUCAUCGGAGCAGGUGAGUUUGGGGAGGUGUGCAGUGGCAACCUGAAGCUCCCAGGAAAGAGAGAGAUGUUUGUCGCCAUUAAGACACUGAAGUCGGGAUACACCGAGAAACAGAGGCGGGACUUUCUGAGUGAGGCCAGCAUCAUGGGACAAUUUGACCACCCUAAUGUCAUACAUCUGGAAGGUGUGGUGACCAAAAGCAGCCCUGUGAUGAUCAUCACGGAGUUUAUGGAGAACGGCUCACUGGACUCUUUCCUUAGGCAAAACGAUGGGCAGUUCACUGUGAUCCAGCUAGUAGGCAUGUUGCGUGGUAUUGCCUCGGGAAUGAAGUACCUCGCUGAUAUGAAUUACGUGCACCGCGACCUGGCAGCCCGGAACAUCCUGGUUAACAGCAACCUGGUGUGUAAGGUGUCAGACUUCGGGCUCUCACGCUUCCUGGAGGAUGACACAUCUGACCCCACCUACACAAGUGCUCUGGGUGGGAAAAUCCCCAUCCGCUGGACUGCACCAGAAGCCAUCCAGUACAGGAAAUUCACCUCAGCCAGUGACGUAUGGAGUUAUGGCAUCGUCAUGUGGGAGGUGAUGUCCUACGGAGAGAGGCCAUACUGGGACAUGACCAAUCAGGAUGUGAUCAAUGCUAUUGAGCAAGACUACAGGCUGCCUCCACCUAUGGACUGCCCCAGUGCUCUGCACCAGCUCAUGCUCGAUUGCUGGCAGAAGGACCGCAAUAAUCGUCCCAAAUUCAGCCAGAUUGUUAACAACCUGGACAAGAUGAUCCGUAACCCCAACAUGCUGAAGGCCAUGACACCUCUUUCUUCAGGCGUGCACUUGCCCUUGCUGGACCGCAGCAUGCCUGACUUCUCCAGCUUCAGAAACGUGGACGACUGGCUGGAUGCUAUCAAGAUGGGCCAGUACAAGGACAAUUUCGCCAACGCUGACUUCACUAGCUUCGAUCUGGUUUCACAGAUGACAAUGGAGGACAUCCUCAGGGUGGGAGUGACUCUAGCAGGUCACCAAAAGAAGAUCCUCAACAGCGUGCAGAUGAUGAGGGCGCAGAUGAACCAGAUCCAGUCGGUGGAGGUUUGACCUCCAGGCCUGAUCCUGCACACGGAGGCAGGAGGGACAAGUGGACAGAUGGAGGUGGAUGUGUGCUGAGCCUGAUUUUUCCCUCUAGGCCACCAUUUUUUCCAAGGGAAUCUCCUCUGGUCCUCUCUUCCUAACCCUGCCCUCCAUGUUCUCCCCAUUCCCCUACAAACCACACAGCCAGCCUUUUGGGCUCACACUGCGAAAGUGUCGUCCCACAGAAAUCGACAACACUUCUGCCCCAUCCAUCAGUUGUUUCAACUGCCAAAACAUAGCAAGGAGGAAUUUUCACCAACCAAGAGCAUGCACAUCUUCUUGCUCUUACUUCCUUACGAUUAGUCCUUUUAUUUUUUUUUUUGUCAUCUAUGUUCUUUCUAAUGAUUUUACUAAAGAUUUUUUAAAGAAAAAAAAGCUACAUGAACAGAAAGAUCUAUAUGAUAUAUAUAGAUACGUGUAAUAUUGUAGAUGGAUUUCACUGAAAGGCUACCCUUUAAAAGGGCAAAGUACAACGAAAAGAAAGGUACAACACCAUGCAAUGUGCUCUGUUAUUCUACUUUAUUGUGGAAAUCAUUCAAUAGGAAUAUUGACUACCUGCUCAGAGGCUCCAAAUGGAAGAAACCAUGGAACCAUAAUCCCUGUGCCAUCAUUGAAAAGGCAGAGAAAAGGAGAUGAACACCAUGAAAUGGAAACUUCCUCUUGACUGCCACAAAGAAAAAAAAAGACACUUCUGUUAUUUAGUUGUUUGAAACAUCCGUAGCAAAUACAAAAAACAGCAACAAAAAAAAGUCUUCUCUCCUAAAUAGUAAUCUCGUUGACAGUGUUGACUUUGUAAUGAAGAUUUCCUCUGCUUCCAGUCACCAUGGGAAAAAGACCAUUAUUUUUUUUCUUUUUACAGACGUCAUAACCUGCCAAAUAGGACAUCGUUCUGUCCUACCUCAUAGCUCGUAGGUCCUUCUGUACAUAUCAGAUGCGCUUGACAUCGGGACAUCAUCAAUGUAGUCACCAAGUGCGUGACUGUUUUCAUUCAGGCAAUGAUGGGGUUAAUAUGAUUGUUCAUUUUGUGGUUUUCCCCUAUUUUAAAUCAAAUGUUUGUUGUGGGUUUUAUUAAUUUAGUACAUGAAACAUCAUAUAUUGAUUCCCUUCAAAUAUGUAGAUAUAAAGGAAAUUGCUUAGGGUUUUUUUUUUUUUUCAUUAUUAUUAUUAUUAAUUUACGUUUUACAUAGAAGGACCUUGAAUGAACAUAGGUUUUGAAUUUUUUUUACACAGUUUCGUCUUCUAAGAGCUCAGCAUAGCAUUAAACAAUCAAAUUAGGAGGUCCUUUUCAGAAUGACAUGGCGUUUUCCACUGGGACGGUACCGUGUACACAAGCAUAGUGUUAUAAUGAUUCCAGUGGCCAUGGCAUCAUUAUUAUUGUAAAAUGGUACUGUUAGAACACUCAAUAAGUGGCUAAAUCACUUAAGAACAAGAGGAUGAGUACUAUGUUUUAAAUGUGGUUUGUUUGACUGGACAGAGAGCUAACAGACACUCAUAGACAUCCCCUAAACAGUGUCUCCAAUGGUACUCAAGAUUUCUGCCUUUUUACCAACAUGAAGAGCAUAAAACAUCAAAAACGUGUAAAUAUCCAUGUAAGAAAUACGUGUUGGAUUUUAGUGUACAGAAUUUUUUUGUUGAAAAUGAAUGAAGAGCUGUUAAAUCUGGGCCUUUUUUCUAUUAGAGAGAGACGAUUGGGACUGUGGGAUCCAUCCUUUAGAAUGGUCAUAGUGAGCAGUGCGGCAGAUACUGAAGAGACACGAAAACCACAGACACCUCCAGCUGUGCUACAUGAUGUGUGUGUGCGUGUGUGUGUGUCCUGGCAUGGAGGUCACUUGUGGUUAACAGUGCUCAAUUACACUUUGUCUAGCUCAGCUCACCAGAGACUUCCUCCGCUCCAUAACCUCAGGGUUGACGUACAUCUUUAAUACAUUUAAAACCCCUCAGUACAGCACAGCUAGUCACUUCAACCACACUACAGUUCACAUAAGCUCAGUUGGCUGAUUCAGUGCUUCGAGUGGAGCAAUGUGAACUGAUUAAUACAGCACAGUGCUCAUCUGGCGCCGAUUUUCUGACCACAGAUGCAUCAAAGCCGCUUCUGCUGUGCAUCUUCAUUUGUUCCCAUUACAAGAAUUGUUCCACAGAAAUAUCUGCUUAUCUCUAGUGCUAUCAUGCUGUGUUUAUAUAUCCUGUAGAUGGCCAUAUCUCCAGUAGGCAUAAGUCGCAGGUUUAAUUCCCCGUCCUGCUUUUGAUCAAUCCCAUUUCUCCGUUUUCAUCAUUCCUUUUGUCUAUCCAGGCCUCUUUUUUUUCCAGGAAGAGAUUAUUAUUUAUUUAAUACGUGACUACCAGGAUUUUGCCUACAGUGGUUCCAUGAAUCAGCGUGACUUUUUAAUGGGCUGAUGGAUAGAGACACAGAUUAUCUCUUCCGAACUUUCUGAAAUUCUUCACUGAUGCCACACUUUUGCAAGACCCUUAACUCCUGCUCCAGUGCUCCAAUAUUUAAUGGCAUCUCAGUCUUCCUUCUUCUUUCAUUCGUUCUCUUGUCUCUGUUUGCAUACCAAAUCACAAUUUGCAUUAGAAAGAAGAGUGUCUGCAUUAUGUUUGAAUUUCAGUUGCAUAGUGAAAGUGAUAGGGAGAAAGUAAUCUGAAGACUGUUUGCUGUUGUAAUAAAUCAGUGGAAGUGCAGUGUGUUUACCGGCUGUAGUAUUAACGGCACUUCAACGUCUGAAAAGUAAUGCAGCUUUUAUCACCCCUGUUUAAUACACUUCUAAAAAAAUGCACUGCUUUUGAAAUGAAGGGAAAUGACAUUUGAAGACUUUUCAAAAGUCAUACAUUCAGGGGCUUAGGGUUUAUGUUCAUUUGCAUAGAAUUAUGCUGUUUCAAGGAAAUAAGGAAGACUCACUGCAAAAAAUAUAAAAGUGAACAUAUCUUGAUUGGUAAGAGAAUGCAAUCUAAUAUUUCUCAUUAUCAGACAACAAUAAAACAAACAUAUAAGCUUUAUAAUCAUGUUUCUAGACAUUUUUACUUAUUGGAAGCCUCAAAUGGUCUUGUGUUUUUGGUAGACAAUCAAUUCUUUCUAGAAAUAAAAAUAAAAUAAAAUAAAUCUCCAAAAGUUCUUGUGAUAGUGGCAGAUAGUGUUACCACUUUCUACAAGUAAAAUAAUGAAAAUAAAAAAUUUGAAAUGGUUUUUUUGUAAUGUUAUUUGUUAUUGCUUCUUAUUUCAAUUAUUUAUUUCUAGGGGGGAAAAACAAUAUUAUCUGCCAAUAGCUCUGGUCCAUUUCAAGCUUCAGAUGUCUAGAAAUAGGAUUCAUAUUUACGAUAUAGGAGAUAUUUCCCAUUAGGAGAUUACGAUAAACCACUAUGUGCUUUAUCGUAAUCUCCUAAUGGGAAAUAUAAGAUGAUUUAAGUAUAGUAAAGAUAUUUUCACUUGAUAUCAGUGCAAGUGUCUCAUAAUUUUGUGGUGCUUUUUGCGGGUGAAAAUAUGACCACACAGGAUUCUGAUAUCAUUACAGAAAGGUUUGGGUUUGAAAGAGUUUUUUUUUUUCUUUCGAGAAGAUUCUAGCAGGUUGUUAGCUACAUAUGACUGUGUUAUACAGUGUGUAUUGCCACGGUGUAAAGGUACACCUUAUGUGAGGCUCAAACCACUUUGUAACCACAAACUAAUUUGUGCUCUUUAAGCCAGACACUGUCCUCAGGCACAAUGUGAGAGUGCCUUUCUCCAAUAUUUAGUCUUUUUCACAUCAGAUGCUUCCAUUUGUAACUUAUCCUGUAUUGGCUCUGCUCUACAUUAUUCACAUCCCUUUAAAGUCCCGUUUUUUGCUAAACCCAUUAAUCAGCAGAGGAGUCCAUAACCCAUAUUCUCUUUAAAAACUCUUUCAGUUCUUAUGCGCUAAAAAACAGACUCAGUAUUUACACAGGCACAUUGAAUCUUAACGGUACAGAAUAUUUUCCUCCCAUUGUGUUUUUCAAUACUAGAACUGAAGUUUAGAUCUCUGCAGGAGUCCAACUGCUUCGUCCAUCUUUCCGUUUCACAUUCUGUCCAUCCCCGAUUUACCAGAAUGCUAUGUAAACUUCGAAGUUGUAAUAAAUGAGAUGUGAUUGUAAGAGAGUGAAAGAAUAUCAUGCAGAGCAAGUAAGUGAUUCGUAUUGGCCGUUUCAUUGGAUUGUCUGAGCGCAGAACCAUAACAUACAGACGGUGGAAUGUUUAGGUUAUUUGUAAUGUCACGCUAGUCAGGCUGAGGCCUCAAAAGUUGAUCGGCAAGAUAUCAUGUGCUCAACUCAGUGGCAUGUGUAUACAAACUAAACAGCCACAUGUCACACAGCAGUUAUUAAAAUAACUAACAGAGUCAUUCAGGUGGUGACAGUUGUGCUGUGUGUACAUCUUAACCACCAACGAUUCUCCUCUCUCACCGCUGGCAAGUUUAAUCAUGACUGCCGUGGCACUCUGCUCAGUUUAUAAGCCUUUUUGCUAAAAGCUGAGAGCGACAGCAAGCUGUGAACGGCAUAUGCUCUCGUUCUCUGCAGAACCAUUCACCAACUGUGUGCCAGUUGUAAAAUGCAAGCGAAAGACCAUUUUGUCUCAGUGUUACAAUGAGCAGUGAAUGUAAACACAAGAUGUCCCUGGCUCCUUCUGUCGCUCUCUCUCCCUGGUGUGGCCCGUGUCCUCCAAAUAUGGUCCAAAGUGUUCAGGAGAGAAAAUGGCUCCUAAAUGUGGAGCCGUUGCCCGUAGAAUAACUGUGCCCUCUGGUGUCUGGAUGGCAAUACUGCAGUAUGGCUGUGAUGGAGCUUCCCUGUGUCUCAGCCCUGAUCCUGCAUGCAGGACAGGGGACAGUUCUCCCUCUGACAGGCAGGGCUCACGUAGAGCUCUGUCCACCCUGACCACUGUGACACACAUGGGAGGUCCUGUUUUUGAUGUAUAAAAUGUACAUUUGACUGUAACCCUGUGAAUGAUGUAACAGUUUCAUUAUUUGUAAUAUUGUUAUCGGUUUAUUUUCUAAAAAUGCAGAAAAAAAAGCCCAACUCGACUCUCCUCAUUAAAAGUGAAAUGAGAUCUGUUAUAAACCUGUGUCUGAUGUCACUUUCUUACAUCAAUUUACAUUUCGGGCUUUGUUCCUGGAUUUCCUGGAAAUGUCACUUCAGUGAUUAGAGACCCUGUGAUCUUGUCUGCAUCAGUUUACGCCUCACAGGAAUGCCACAACAGCUUUUGUGCUAGCGUCCCUGUGUGCUUUUUGGGUGGGGGUUUGAACUCCACUAGUCCACCCCUCCCUCACGCUGGCCUCCAACGUCUACUCACAUCUCUCUCCACUUUCCACCCCUCGUUAGCGGCUAGACGUGUGAAAGCCUGCUGACCCCUGAGUAACCUCCCCAAGAGUGGCAUGCCUGAUAAAAAAGGCGAAGGCUAAGCGAGUUCAGGAGUUCACCAUCGGGAACCUGAUGACAGUCCAACAGCUCUUCUGGUUUAAUCCAGCCCACCCGUGUGCCCCCUUUUUACGCCCUGUUAAACACCACAAGCGGCAACAGCAAAGCCGCCAGAUCUUUAGCAUGUUGUAGAGAUUGUAGAUCUGGCUGAUUGUCCACCUGAGACAGCUCUACUGGAAAAGCCCUUGGAUUAGUGAAAAAGAUCACGUUUAACACAGAGUGAUUUAUAGCGGAGAAAUCACCCUCACACAACCUGCCAUGCAAAACAUUUAGCACAAGACUACUUUUUUCCAUACACCAUUUCUUGUCAGGAUCAUUUUUAAGAGAUUGCGUCUCGGUCAAAUUCACACCGAAAGGAAAUUGUAAACCUAACCGAGCAGUGAUCAUAAGUUUCCCUGUGUGAUUCUCUUCUUUUGAAUAGCUGCUAAUAGUGCUCCCUGCUAUGUAAUCAUCACUGAUCAAUGCUCGGGCGCCUCCAUUGUCGCACAUGUGCAUCCUGCAGACACUUAAUAGCAACUAUGGACAAUUAAAGAGCAAUCAGCAGCGCUUUGGACUGUGAUGGCUGUAGAGUUUGCCUCCAAUUCAACCAUAAGGUGCCUUUGGCAAGCCAGCUAUAACUGUGGAUGAUCAUUUGUCAUUGGUGAAAAAUGUUUAGCCUGUAAUGAGUAGUUUUUUCUGGCUUGCUCGGUUCCCUGUGAUGCUUUGAGCCUGUCGUCCCCUGCCAUUAAGAAACACUUUCGAAUCCUCUGAUCUGCAUAACAGCAGCUUUGCAGUUCUGUAGUCAAAGCACAAUGCUAAUUAAUCAUGGGAUCCUUAUUUUAUUCUUAUUAACUCUUUUUUUUUUUCUUACAUAGGGCAGACUUUUGCAAAAGAGAAGCAAUCAUUUUGUUUCUGUUACUUGGAAACAUGGCUUAAAUGUAAUAUAAUGAUAAUAUAGCAUAAUGUAUUCAUCUAUGAUGCUUCAUCAGUUCUACUUCAUCAGUUCUACAGUUUUAUUCAAUGUCCAAAUCGUAUAAUAAACACAGUCCAGUAAAUGUUCCAGCCCAGGGUAGGCAUUUCAGAGAGGCAAGUACAAGGUCAAAUCAAGAAGUCUGGCAGUAGGGCUUAGACCAAUUUUAUAAUGUCUGCCUCUAGGGAAAGCCAACAAAACUGUAUGUUUUACAGUGCGCAUUAAGACAGUGCAAUAACAGGCCGUCUUUAUUUCAGAUUCGGUUCCACGUUCAGCCUACAGGAUGCGGUAGGUUAGGGCGUAGACCGUUUCCUUGUUUCAGUGAUAGCAGUUGUUCACCCACAUUUCAUGGAACUGUGGAAAAUGUUGGCUUUGGCACAACUGUAUAUAAUUGAGAUGGAACAUAAGAUGGCACUCUGUCAGCUGAAGCCUUUCAGUCUUUUUCAUGGUUUUCACAAAAAAAAAAAAAAAAAAAAAAGGCCUUACAGAAGAUGUCUAUGGUACGCUGAUGUUACAAGAAGAACUUCAGUUUGAACACAAAUGAGUAAAUCAAAUAAAGUGAUUAAUAAUGAAUAUCAUGAACAAGUAAGUAAACUGACAUUUUCUACUAAAAUAUUCAUCUGUAACUUUGUUCAUUUUUAAAGUAAAUAUUGCUGAUUUCUAUUGACUCCUACAAUAAAUUUACAAAUAUUCAUUAUAUAAAUUAAUCAUUAAAAUAAUGUUAUGCAGUAAGGAUAUCUGGGGGGAAUUUUAAUUAACUGUUUUUCCAAUUAUUUUUCAUAAUUACCCCAUUAUGCAUUCACUAAGCUUACUGAACAACAAUAAUGAAUAUAUUUGGCAACAGUUUGUCAUUAUUAUUGUUUUUGUUAAUGUUAUUAUUGUGAAAACAGCAACUGUACUUGAUUUUUUAAAAAGGGCACUACAUGAAAUGCUGUCACUGUUUUUAGCAAAAGUAAUUUAAAUUCCUUUUCAUUAA